GUUAUAUAGCCUGAGCCCCCCCUGCCAUUAGCCUGUGUGCUAAUCCUCAGAUUGGCAAGUUAUGGAUGCUAAUCAAGGUCCAGGCCAAGGGAGCCCUGAAAGCCCCAACCGGGCCGUGGAGUACCUUCUUGAACUCAACAACAUAAUUGAGAGCCAGCAGAAGCUUCUUGAAACCCAGCGGCGCAGAAUCGAGGAGCUGGAGGUCCAACUGGACCGGCUCAGCCAAGAGAACAAGGACCUGCGUUUGGAUCGGCAACCUGUUGCUCCUCCUCCGCCCGCUCCACCUCCUGAGCCUCCUCUCCCUCCACCUCCCCCACCGCCUCCUCCAACUCAGACCACAUCAACGUCCAUUUCUUCCAGGAAUCACCACUACCAAAACAGCCAACACCAAGUGUCCCCCCAGCCUCCCAUGUCCAUCCCCCUCCACCACAGCCACCACGUCCAGCAUCAUCAGCAGCAUCACUAUCAGCAGCAGCACCAUCACCACUCUUCCAUCCACCACUCCUACAACAGCACCACGACAAGUGCUAUUCCAGUUCCUGCUCCGACUUCACCCAGCCCAAUCUCCAUCUCUGUCCCGACCCAAAUCCCAGCUCCGAUCUCCUCUUCAGCCCCGGCUCCUCCACCACCGCCUCCUCCGAUCCCACCCAGAGAUCAGCCUCGGGCUCACAGCCGGCUGACCCGAGUGCCCUCCACCAGCACCGGCACCAACACCAACUUUGUGGAGAAGGAGAAGGAGAGACUGGAGCGCCUGCAUAGGGUCAACGCCUCCAACAACCACCACGCCAACACCCUUCAUCACCACAAACCUGUGGACGGCGACUCUCGGUGUCCAGAAGCAAUCACCUUUUCUGAUUCUUCGUUCGGCCAUCCGCCUCCCUUCCACCGCUAUACCAACAGCCCCCUCUCCAGCGCCUGUGACACCUACAGUCCCGCCUCCGCCAGCGGGCCCCUGGGAGUCUCCCACGUACACACACAGGGCAGCUCCCCCAUUUCUCCGCCCAGCCCGGCGAGCCUCGCCUGGGCUCAGCGCAGCCGACAUCAGCCGGCCAGCCUGGCGCUCCGCAAGCAAGAGGAGGAGGAGAGCAAACGCUGCAAGGCGCUAUCUGACAGCUAUGAGCUCUCUACGGACCUCCAGGACAAGAAGGUGGAGAUGUUGGAGAGGAAGUACGGGGGACAGUUUGUCUCCCGGCGAGCAGCGAGGACCAUCCAGACCGCCUUCAGACGGUACCGCAUGAAGAAGAACUUCGAGAGGCUUCGGAGCUCUGCCUCGGAGAGCAGAAUGACCCGCCGCAUCAUCCUGUCCAACAUGAGGAUGCAGUACUCGUUUGAUGAGCGUCUGCCGCAAAGCCAGGGACCGGUGGGCCGCCAGGGUUCAGAGGACGCCGGAGACGUGGACGACUCUUUCUCAAAGCAGGUCAAGUCCCUGGCAGACUCCAUGGAUGACUCCCUCACCUGUCAGUCCGGCCGAGAGGACUCGCAGGAUGUCGGAGGAGAAGGAGAGGAGGAUGAGGACGAGGAGGAAGGAGAUGAGGAAGAGGAAGAAGAGGAAGAAGAAGGGGAGGAGGAGGAGGAAGAGGAGGACGAGGACGACGAUUACAGAUGUGGAUGGCGCAACACUGUCGCAUCCUCCCGACGCACCGGAGGACGGGUAGAAGGGGGCAGAGGAGGCGCCGCCAUGCACGAGGACAGCACCACCACCUCCUUCAGUGAUGUCACCCUCUACAUGGAUGAAGGCUGCCUCCCUUCCUCACCCCUCUCCCGCCCUCCCUCCAGCUCUGAUAUAGAGUACUGGGGGGGAGGGGGUGCAAGUGGGAGAGAGGACAGCAGAGAGACGGAGGGAGGCAGCAACGCCAGCCGCAGGAGCAGCACCCCAUGCACAGAAUGUCGUGGGGAGUACAGAGGCAGGGCGGGAGGAGGAGGAGGGGGAGGAGGAGGAGGAGGAGGAGGAGGAGGGGGACAUCUACCCGUCCUCACCAUCGAACCGCCCAGCGACAGCUCAGUGGACAUGAGUGACAGGUCGGAGCGAGGCUCUAUCGGGCGCGUGGUGUACGAACAGGAGUCGUCCGGAGUUGAGCGAGGCGGGGGGGAGAGGGGGAGAGGAGGAGUGGAAGAAGAAAGCGGCGAGGAUGAGCAAGGAGGCGGGGGGAGCAGCGAGACGGACUCUCCGCACGGAACCAUCAAACACAAACCAAACGGCCGCUCUGUCGCCACAGCGCAGGGACAGACUCGCAGUCCUGCUAACGCCCCCCUGCAGAUGCCGUCGGCCCGGACCCUGCCCUCACACCCCCUCCAACACCCCCACAGCCACCCUCACCCCUCACCUGUCCCCCACCUGCCCACCAUCCUCCACCACCACCCGCAAUACAGCCAGCCUCACAUCAUGCACAUGCACCACGGGCACACCAGCAGUCCUUACGUGCACCACUUUGCCCAGCACCACUACCACCACCUGCACCACCAACACCAACACCCACACCAUCACCUCCCCCACUCCUACCCAGAUGCCCCCUCUUCGCCACUGCCCUCUCCGGUUCCUCCUCUCACGCCCCUGUCGCCGCUCCCACCGGCGCUCCCGCCCUCUGCACUCUCCUCCUCCUCUGUGGCGCUCCAGAACCUGGAGGCGCAGCAGCAGCACCUCGCCCACCACCCCCACCUCCACCACCACCACCUGCUGUGCUCGGACGGGGACAACGAGAGUGUCAACUCCACCACCACCAACUCCAAUGACGACACCACGGUCAACAACUGCAGCUCGGGCUCCUCGUCGCGGGACAGCCUGAGGGAGCCGAUGGGAGGAGCCACACUGGGGAAGCAGACCUAUCAGAGAGAAAGCCGCCACAGCUGGGACUCCCCCGCCUUCAACAACGACGUGGUGCAGCGGCGCCAGUACCGCAUUGGACUCAACCUGUUUAACAAGAAGCCGGAGAAGGGGAUCCAGUACCUGAUCGAGAGGGGCUUCGUGUCGGACACACCGGUGGGCAUCGCCCGGUUCAUCCUGGAGCGGAAAGGCCUCAGUCGGCAGAUGAUCGGAGAGUUCCUGGGCAGCCGGAUGCAGUUCAACAAGGACGUCCUCAACUGCGUCCUGGAUGAGAUGGACUUCUCCGGGAUGGAUCUGGACGACGCUCUGAGGAAGUUCCAGGCUCAGAUCAAAGUUCAGGGUGAGGCUCAGCGGGUGGAGCGUCUGGUGGAGGCCUUCAGCCAGAGAUACUGCGUCUGCAACCCGGUGCUGAUCCGGCAGUUCCAGAACCCAGACACCAUCUUCAUCCUGGCCUUCGCCAUCAUCCUCCUCAACACGGACAUGUACAGCCCCAACGUCAAACCGGAGAGGAAGAUGAAGCUCGAGGACUUCAUCAAGAACCUGCGGGGCGUUGAUAAUGGACAGGACAUCCCCCGAGACCUGCUGGUGGCGAUCUACGGACGGAUCCAGAAGUGGGAGCUGAGGACCAACGAUGACCACGUGUCCCAGGUCCAGGCGGUAGAGAGGAUGGUGGUCGGCAAGAAGCCCGUUCUGUCGCUGGCGCAUCGCAGGUUGGUCUGCUGCUGUCAGCUGUUCGAGGUUCCUGAUGCGAACAGGGCUCAGAGGAGCGGCGUCCAUCAGAGAGAAGUCUUCCUGUUCAACGACCUGCUCAUGGUGACGAAGAUCUUCCAGAAGAAGAAGACUUCGGUGACGUACAGUUUCAGACAGUCGUUUCCUCUGGUGGACAUGCAGGUCCAAACCUUCCAGAACACCUACUACCCACAUGGGAUCAGACUGACAUCUGCAAACCCCGGAGGAGAGAGGAAGGUCCUGAUCAUCUUCACGGCUCCGAGCCAGCAGGACCGCGCACGAUUCACCUCCGACCUCCGGGAGAGCAUCGCUGAGGUCCAGGAGAUGGAGAAGUACCGGGUGGAGUCUGAGCUGGAGAAGCAGAAGGGUGUGAUGCGUCCCGGGAUGUUGGCCGGAUCUGGAGGAGUGGGAAUGCCGGGUGCCGGGGCCGGUCCCGGCGGAGGGCCCAUGAAGGGCGAGGUGGUGAACGGCACCCUGGGCAGGCCGAGCCUGGACGACACCUACGCCUCGGUGGAUGGACUCAAGCGCACGGCGCUCAGCUCCUCGCUCAGAGACCUCUCAGACACAGGGAAGCGAGGUCGUAGGAACAGUGUGGGGUCUUUGGACAGUACCAUUGAAGGUUCCAUUAUUAGCAGCCCUCGUCCUCACCAGCAGUGCCCCCUGCCUGCUGGAGGUCUGUCUUACAGCCCCAUUAUGAUCCCGUCGUCUCCAGCAGUCUACCGGCCACACCGCCCUACUCAGAGCCCCGGUACAGGGGUGGGGGGUGGGCCGGGGCUCUGUCACAACCAGGGGGGGGUCACUAUCUCCCCCCUCGCGAGCGGGGUAGGGGCUGGGGGCGUAGGAGGGAUGCCGAGUGGGGGCAGCCAAACUGGAGGCGGACGGAUGGGGAAUUUCCUAGGCAGUCGCAGAGGCAAAGUUCCUGGUCCCCUGACGAUGACGUCGCCCCCUCCUCAGAGUCCCCAGAGUCCCCUGAUGAUAUCAUCACCCCCCCACUACCCCGCACCUGCACCUCCCAUUCUUCACCCGUCCUCCCCUUCCCCAUGCCCCUCCCCAUCACCCAACCUCGCUCAGUCGGACUCAGGAGUUGGAGGGGCCGGAGGUACGGUAGGGGGGCCGUCCAAGCUCCAGGCUUUACACGCCCAGUAUUGCCACGGCAACAGUGGAGGAGGCGGAGUCAAUGUCACUGGGCACCAGCAGCAGCAAACGCCACCCCCGCCCUACCAUCACCAUCACCGCUACCACAUGCAAAGCGUCCCGCAGCACCACAUCCUCACGCACAGGUUCUCGGCGCCGCGGCGGCAGGGCCCGCCCGGCAGCGCUCCCUCUCAUAUCCAGCAGCACCAGAGGCUGCAACAUGCCAUCAGCCAGCACCCUCGCUACAACAUGGCCUCGGGCUUCAUCACGCCCCCACCACUGUCCCCACACUCCCCCGUCACCCCUACUACUCCACACGGACUCUACCACCCGCACCCUGCGGUGGGACGGCCGGGUGGAGGCACCAAGCUGCCGCUGACCAUCUCGCACUCCCAGCCCCACCCGCACGCUCACACACACUCUCACAACCACGCCGUUCACACACACUCCCCGCUCAGCCCUUCCCCCUCCGUCUCCCCCUCUACCCACUUCAUCUUCUCCACCCCGCCGCCACAGACUCCCUCGGCGCGCCUCAUCACCCAGACGUCUCCACAGCCCUACACGCCCCAAUAUCCGCCGCUCUCCUCCAUCCCGCCUCCCCCUCCACACUCCCCGUUACCUCCGCCGUCGACCGCCCCGCUCUCCCCGCACCCCCCAGGAGCAGGGCAAGGGGGACCCAAAUCCAAGCCCGUAAGCCGGAUCAGCACAGUCGUAUGAGGAGGCAGAAACCGAGGACGGUGGUGCGCGAUCCUGCUGUGAGCCGCCAGGGGGCGGUACUGAGGGCGAGCAUGAGUGGGAGGAGGAGGAGAAGAGGAGGAGGAGGAGGAGGGCAAAUGCAGGUGUAUCGAAACGGUCGCCUGGUGAGGAGGAGAGUGCUGAGAGCUGGGAGGAGGAAAUUGCUCAGCCUGUGUUAUUUUCACAUUCACUUCCCUCACAAGUAAAAAAGACUCACUCGUGCUGAGAGAUGUUUAUUGGCAACUUGUGCCCUGCAGGGACUAAUCCUCCGUGAAAACCUGCCAGCGGAGCAGCAAGAACUUCAAUCAUGGCAUUUUUCCCAUCACAUGAAGAUGAGGGGAAACGCCACAUAGUCCUGUCUAACUGAAAAUGUCAUCAUUUUCCCUUCGCAGUGCCCUUCCAACCUGAGCCGGGACUCUUGAGAACAUGUCUGUAGCUCUUUAUUGACAGACGAAGUGUUCAUGUCAUGUUGUGAGUACGAGUUUUUUGUGUCGCUGUAGUGGACAAACGGUUCAGGGACCAGUCGUAAAGGGAACAGUGCCUGAGAAUUGAACGCUAGGCUUAGCGCUUACUGCUAACGCCAUGUCGAGUGGUGGUUAAAGGGGCAGUUCAGGUUUAUCGGAAGCCUGAGAGCAGAACGAGUCCAGUUAGUAUAUUCCAAAAAAUCACAGUAGUCUUGCACCACCAUGUUAUCGCACAAAAAGCACUUGUAGGAUUGUUUUUGGUUGUUGAGUAUUUACAAGCCAUGAGGCAGAAGCAGAAGUGGAUAGCGUUAAUAUGGUGCAGUUUCCGUGUCCUAGACAGGUAUGCAUGACCUGUGCAAUAGCUAGUGAUUAUCAGUGUGACCAUGGUUAAAAUCCCAUAUGCAGGGGGAGGGAUUUGUUGUAACAUAAAGCCCCAAUCCAGCGUUUAUUUUGCCAUGAAAAGUAAAGUUUCCCAGACGCUUUACCUUCUGUGUGAAGAAUAACUUUUUAAACCUUUAAAUAAGCCAUCUAAACAAAAACUACAGGUCUUUUACCUUUUGUGUUUUGCAAAAAACAACUAGAAGCCUUUAGUGUUUGUGGAUUACAGGGUUUUAUCAGGGGGUGCGAAACUAUCGUUUUGGGUUUCCCAAAUUUUCGCCAUUUAUUCAUUCGUGUAUAUUUGGAGUCUAUUGGUACCAAAUCUGUGAAUGAGCUCACUUCACUGUCAAGUAUCCCAGUUUAUUUGGAAGCGUAAGCCUGAAUUUGUCAAAAAGGAUAUCUGAUAUCUGAAUUUUAUGCUCCAUAUAAGUUGCCAGAGAAGGAGAUUAAUCUGAGAGGUGCCAAACAGGGAAAUAAAAUCUUUUUGUUUCACUCAGUAGAUGAAAACAGGAAGGUACAGUAGUAACAUAUUUAUUUCAGGUUACAUUAAAAUCCAACUCUGCACCAUUCUCAACUGCUAUAUCGACAGGAAACUGGGUGGAAAAUUAAAAUAAAACUUUUGUUUUUUUUUUACAUUUCCAAACUUAAAAGUGCGACCAACAAACUGCUCAGGAAGAGCGAGAGAGCAGGGUCCCCCUUUUCCAGGACUGCCAAAGCUUCAGAUCAGGGUGUCUCAUUUUAUUUAAUUUCCUGCAGAUUCGCUCCGUUCCUUCAUUGUUUCCUCCUUUUUUUUUGGGGUAGAGAAGAAUGAUGCCAGAGUGAAUUUAUUUAGAGGCAUUGAGGAAUAAAAUUCAUAUAUUUUAAAUACAGGUAUUUCAGAUAUUUGUUGUAAUUUUCUACUACAGCUCUGGAGCCUAUAGAGCGGUACUUGGUCCGCUUCUGGUCCACACUAGUGCAGUUUCAUUCUGAAAAGCCAGAUCUGUAUCCACACUGAUGCCUCAAGGUCAUGUUGGAAACACCGAUGGCAGCACAGUCAGCAGCGCUUAUUUUACAAUCUCCAUGUUGUUCACGAUGAUGUUCAGGCUGUGUGUGUCGUCUUCCAGGAGUGGUCAAAUUAUUUGGCCUCAGCCAAUCAGGAAAGGACAGAUCACGAAGCAGAUGUGUGCAACCACGUCAUCGUUUAUGAGGGCUUUUGAUUUUCUCCGUCCAAAGUGAACCACAAUCGGAUCACUCACAAACUGAAAUUCAAUUUUUUUACAGCUGAAUUGUGUUUAUCAGUUAUAACUGUAACAAAAUUUCCACUUUUUAAAAUGAAACUGAGUAGUGUGGAUGUAGCUUCAGGAUGUAGCAUCAGGGUGCUACAUUCAUGACGACAUUGUUGGAGGUCGAGAAGGAGCUGCUGCGCCAACGGCGUUCGUUAGCUCACGCCUCCAUCACGGAACCACCAAUAGGAGUACAGACCUGUUUGAGUUUGAAUAGCGGCUGCAGACCCAGACAUUUGUCUGUGGGUAGCGUCUGUGACUCGGGGCGCCAUCGACCUCAGCCAGCGGAGGUCAUUGAGGAGCAAAUCUGCCGGGGCCUCACAGUGCAUGCUGGGUAGCCUGCUACAAAAGCCUGUAAGUCUGUGAGAAUCCUCAGACUAAAUAUCAUUACUUUAUUACAUCCAAUGAAAGUCCAGGUUUUUGUUUUAAGAUCAGAAAAUAACUUUCCAAAGCCUUCAAGCGUAAAUGAAAACCAAACAUUUCAAGAAUAAUGAAUAAUUUCCCACCCAGUCCAAUUUGCUUUCAUCCCUCUGAACAGUAGGUGAAUCAUUUCUGGUGUAUUUGAGGACGAGCGAUGUUAAAACAGACAUUUUCCACCUGAGGUGUUUCAAAAUGGAGGAUAAGGUGCCUUCAGAUAUAAGGAUGUUAAAACAUGAAAUAAUCAUAAGAAAUGCUAAUCAAGGAAGACCAACUUAAAGCAAAAAGACAAUUCAGGAUCUAUACCAGGAGGUUGUUGGUGGAUUCACAACAGAAAAUAGGAAGUCAUUUACUGCAUGUUUGAAACAUGUUGGCAGGACUCAGCCUUUCGCCACCCUCAUCAUCUACAAAGACUUGAAGGAACCUGAAACCUGGACCUAAUUUCAUCCAGAAGAACUUACUAACAUCUCACAGGACUGGACUGUAAAGCAUGUUUCACUGUCACACAGCACCAAGUGAAUACUCUUGAACAAAUCCAUUUUUAUACAUUAUUUUUGCACUUAGCAUUUAAAUCUACCAUCCUGGUGUUUGAGUCUUCUCCUUGUUUCCCCUCUUAUUUUCCAUUAACUGCAGACUACCGGAUGUUGUGGAGGGAAACACACAAUGGCAGGUCGAAAGUUCUUCCAUCCCUGAACUACCUUAACAGCCAUUUGCAUUUUUUGACAAUAAAUCAAACGUUCAGUGUUGGCUGCUCUCCUGUCAGUGAGACUGUGUUAGUUACCUUCUCAUACACAUAAUUACCAGCAUUUAGCUGGUGGAUCAUAGGAAAUUCCUCAGAUGCUCUGAAUGCAAAUUUUAUUGACACGUUUUUGGUUUCCUGUGAUUACCUGAAUGCAUCACCUGUAGAUAUUACCUGUACAGUGUGUUCUGUUUUGAAUGGGGCCAACGGCAUCAAUCUGAAACUGAAGUUCAGAACUGCUUGAAUUAACAAAAUAAUGUUCCAAAGGCAAAAAGGUUCAUUUGGGUUCUUCAGGGUCUUUGAGCAUUCUUUGUUUCCUUUUUUUCCUUGUCCUUCAUGUUUGAGCUUUGUGGAAAUACAUCAGAGAUUCUGAUCACUGACGGAGUUCCACAGGGAUCCAUGUUGGCUCCCCUGUUGUUUUCAAACUGAAGAACCCCUUUGGCUUUUUGGCGUGAGCUACUAGUAUUUCUAUCAGUAUUGUUGUGUGACGAGCUUCUACUAACAUAACGUAUUCCUUGGGCUGCUUUCUAUUUUUAGCAUUUUUGAUUUUGUUAUGUGCUGACAAUGUGAGAUGUUUUUUUCUGAUUUGGGUAUCUUAUGGAAGUACUAAAGCAUUUUGAUUUAAAUAUUUUUACAACAAAGCAAACAAUCUUCUGUGAUUACCAUACCACUUAUUCUAAUAUUUUUUAAAACAGACUGUGAUGAUUACAUUCACUGAAUCCACAGCAUGCUAAUGCAAACAUACACACCAACACACAUCUGACAUGUCGCCAAGCGUCUCACCAUCAGCAGCACCAAACACCGCAUCAGUAAUCACCUCGUGUUCAGCUUCUUUGAGUUCUGCAUUGUUGAGUCUGCACCAUAUAUGAGCAAUCACCUGUAGAAGCACUACGUAUCUCUGUAAAGGCCACUUAGUCACCAGAAACACCCUGGAAGUAAUACCUGACAUAUUCCAAAUACUAAUUUCAAGGAGCACUGGAUCUAACCUACUUGGUAAGGACUACACAAGAAAUCAUUCUUUUCCAGCACAUGCCCAAGGUAACUCAAAAAAACCCUCAAUCAAGGUCCAUGCCCAUGCGUUUGGCACAUUGUAGUACAGUUAUAAAUCCUGCAGUCAUGUGCAAAUGUUAGCAUGCCCUCUUUUAAUUCUAUGUCUUUUUUUUUGGUGUUCACUGUGUAAAAACAUAAUAAAAAUCCACUAGAUUGCAGCAGAUCUUAGUAUUAGCCAAAUACAUCAGACAAAUAACAGCAUAAUAUGACAUUGAGCCAUUUUUUUACUGAACAGAAUUUAAGGCACAAACAAAAAAAAAGGUAGGCAAUACUACUAUACUGCAAUACUAAGUAGCCCCAUGGUACAAUAGCAUGUAUAUCUUCCAUUUGCAGCAAUAACUUGAAGGUUGAAGGAGAAAUGUGGUCCAUUCUCGUUCACAAAACUGCUCAAGUUCAUUGAGGUCUCUCUGCAUUCACUUAUGCAUAACAUUUUACGAUCAUAUCAGUUACGCCACGGUGUGGGUGAGACUACGAAAUUACAAACCUUGAUUAUUUUAUUGAUCAAUCAUCAUUACCUAUUACAUAACAUAGUUUCUUAUACUCUGUCACAGACAUAAUCUGGUAAACAGAGCAGUCCAUGGCUCACUCAAAAGUGCAACAACCCCAAACCAUCAACUCUCUGCACCGGGCGUGACAAGCUUAUGCUGAAAUGCUGUUUAUCUUUUUGCCAGACUUGGUACUGUUUAUUGAGGUCAAUCAGCUCUACAUUGAUCUCAUCUGUCCAAAGGACAGUAUUUCAGAGGUUUUGGGGUUUGUUCAGAUCCAGUUUGGUGAUCCUCAGGUGUUCCUACUGUGUUUUUUCAAAAAAAGGCUUUAUACCGGCAAGCCCUCCAAAAUAAUCCAUACUGGUUAAGUCUUUUUUUACUCUUGAACAUUUAACCAGAUCACUAAUGCUUGUAGAGUUUGACAUGUUGCUCUUGGAUCUUUUAAUUUUCUCUGAGCAUUGUAUUGUUUAGAUUGGAAACCAUGUUGAAUGUUUUCCACAUGUUCGAUCCCACUGUAGAAUAUUAUACUUUAUACAGUAUAUACUUUAUUUUUAGGAAAUGCUUUUAAACCUCUUUCCAGAUUCUAAUUGUGCACCAACAAUCCUUUCUCUAAGACUUUUACUUCUGUUGUUCCCUUUUGGCUUUAUGUUAACAGGCCCCUGAACAUUUCAGACCAGCAAUCUGCCGAAAUAAAUCCAUAUGGAAGCAUUAACAGGGUACUUAGUAUUGCAAACAUUUUUGUUGUUAAAUAAAUAAUGGCAUGAUGUGAUAAAAAUAAUAUAAUUUGUUUCUGGUUGUAUUGGCUGGAAACUACCAUCAGAUGCUUUUUAUUAGGCUUUUGUACACAUGCUCGGUUAGAGGAGUGGGCGAUAACUAUUGCACAUGACUGUACAAUCUCUGCUCAGAGCAACACUUCGAGUCAUCAAAUCUAGGAAUUUUUACUUUGAGACAUCAAGAAGGAUCAAAUGCCUUUUCCCUGAUGUGAACUAAAUCAGCGGUUGUCGGGGAGGUAUCAAAAAAUGUAUUCGAUCAUUCAAAAUAGUAAUACAUUGUUCUUGCAGUUCAAAAACAUGUAUGGCCCUUUCAUUUUUCUGUUUUUUUAUUUUUUUGCCCUGAUCUGCUCUCCACUAUCAGCUUGCAUGUUGAUAUUUAUUACAUUAUCUUCACUGAAUGAGCUGUAUUAUAGAUAUGAAUGUAAAUAACAGUUGUUAAAUGAAAACUGAUAAUCCAAACAUUCAUUUUCUUGGCGGUGGGUCGUUCGACGGUGCUGGUUUGCAUCGGGAAUAGAAGAUCUGUUUUGUUUUGUUGGUUUGUUGCCUCUGAUUAACACCAAAAGAAACAGAUCUGGUCUGACUGCUGCAGGUAAAACAGGGAGACUUUAAAAAAAAAAAAAAAAAAAGCACAUCAGAUCUGAUUCUAAUAACAUUAAAAGCAUUUGAGUCUUCUGUUCCCAUGUAACGGCAGUGUGUGUUCAUCUGUUCAAGGGCCGUGAACAGGAGGUCUGAGCUGUUUGUUUCUAAAUAACACAAAUGACCGAUUUGUGGAGAAAACACAUUUCUUGUUUAUAAUGUAGAGAAAGACUGCAAUAGUUCUUGUAAAAUUGUACGAGUAAAGUGUCAAAUAUGUGUCAACAGAGACAACAUUAUUUUAAAAAUUCAUUAUGGGGCAAUUUUAGCUGUGUAUAUAAAUAUAUAUUACUUGUACUUUGUUUUUGAAAUGACAGAGAUAUGGAAAAAGUGGAACUAUUUAUUGCUCUAAUUAUAUAAAAAUCUGUUCAUGUG